GUGACCUCUCAUCUGUAGCCCUAAAACCAAUUCCCUCCUGUUCCAUCUCUCUCUGCUUAUUCAUCUUCUUAUAUUUAUUGAAGAUCUUCCUCGUGUGGGGUGAUUUCUGCCAUAAUUUUGCAGUUGUGUUAGAAUAUUUAUGUGAGUUUAAGCUUCAUGUGAUGGAAGAUUUUAGGGGUAGCUCAAGCAGUGAUAGUGGGAGGACUAGUUGUCAUAGAGGGCACUGGAGGCCGGCUGAAGAUGAGAAACUUCAGCAACUUGUUGAUCAAUAUGGUCCUCAUAAUUGGAAUUUCAUUGCUGAACAUCUUCAAGGAAGAUCAGGGAAAAGUUGUAGAUUGAGAUGGUACAACCAACUUGAUCCAAAUAUCAACAAAAGGCCUUUUACAGAAGAAGAGGAAGAAAGGCUCCUAAGAGCUCAUCACAUUCAAGGAAAUAGAUGGGCUUCAAUAGCUAGGCUCUUCCCUGGUAGAACCGACAACGCCGUGAAGAAUCAUUACCAUGUUGUUAUGGCAAGAAGGAAGCGUGAACGCUGCUUAACUGUCCAUGGUAAGAGAAGUAAUUUCCAAAUCCAAUAUCCUAGUGAUCAUCACCAUAGAAAUAGCAGUACUAAUCCUGGUAGAAAUUUCGGGUUCUUUAGGCCACAAGGAUCACCUGACUUUGGUUCUAAAUUAGGGUUUCAGAAUAAUAUUAUUGAAAGAGCGGGUAAUAAGAUACCCAUGUCCUCAACAAAUUCAUCUCCUUCUUGGACUAACAUUAGUGCUUCAACCAUCACAAAUGACUCAUUAAGUUUUGAUGUCUUUGAUGCAAAAAGAAAGGAUUAUAUUCAUUCAAGCUCUUCUUCAAUAUAUCCUAAAGGGGGGCCACUGGCUUUGAAUGAAUCUCUUCACUGUACUUACCAUCCUAGUUCUACCAUUGAUAGUUGUGAUAAGUACCUAAAUGUUGUUGGACAACAGAUCCCUAACGCUAAGAAAGUUGUCCCUGAUAAUCAUUUUGCAUUCACAAGUUAUGGUGAUGGUUAUGGAAGCAAUAAAGAAAAGAUUAUCGAAAGCCAGCUAGUGAGACUCGAUAGUGAUCAUCAUGACUCAGCUGCAUUGUGGAAAUUGCCAAUGGCUUCUCAGCAAGAGCAAGGAGAUCAUGGAGGUCAAGUUAAGAACCAGGAUGUUGCCUUUAUAGACUUUCUUGGUGUGGGGAUCUCUUAGCUAUGGAAGAUAAAAUUUAAAUUUGAGUUUUGAUUAUCAUGAUGAGCAUAAUCAUGGGUAUCAUCUUCUCAUUUUCCAAGUUAAACAAUAUUGGUCAGAGUGCUUGAUGAGUUCAGAAUAAGCAACAGGAGGUGGCAGCUACGUUUUGUUUUCAUCCCUCAUUCAGGACUUUCAAUGUGUCAGCUGUAAUUCUCAAUUAGGUAGAAUCUGCAAAAGAUAUUUCCUAUGUAAGGGCUUUGUUUUCUUACUGUCAUCCAUAGAUAAUAUUGUAGUAGUGGUGGUAGAAGAAGAAGAGAGAAGAGAGUAAUUUAUUUAUGGAAACCUGAAUCUUGCUUUAUGGA